UGUUGCAUGGCAUGGGGCCAUGGAUUGCGAUACAAAUUCUUGUAGUAUUGUUUUUUUUUAGGUACUUUGAAAUCGUCGAUGCAACUUUAUAAUAUGUGUCCAGGUGACUUUUUCGAUCAGUUCCAAUGCUGCCGAAAGCUAUCAGAAAACCAAAAAAAAAGAGUACAGUCCAUUUAAUACUACACAAUUAGCCUUAAGGCAUGGUUUUUUUGGAUAUUUGUGACCAUCUCAUUUUGCUAGUGGUAGGAUAUAUAUCUCUUGAACUGAGAUGUCUGGUCACCGACAUUUGAUUUUACUACCUCUUACAUUACCAAAUGCCAUGCACUCUGCAGAAAAUUGACAGUGGCACCAUAACAGCUUAAACUUGUGGUUGAUUGGCACUGAGUAUCAUGGCUGAGAAUGGUAUUAUGCAGCAGCCUGAGAGCAAGUGGAGCCUGUGGGGAAUGCCAGUUUUUGUCCUCUUCAAAGAUGCAAGACUUGUUUUCAAAAUGGACUCACUUGGCCGGGAGAUACUAAGCAUCGCAUUCCCUGCUGCUUUGGCCUUAGCUGCUGAUCCCAUCGCUUCUCUGAUUGACACGGCAUUCAUUGGCCGUAUAGGACCGGUGGAGCUAGCUGCUGUAGGAGUUUCCAUCGCCAUAUUCAAUCAAGCAUCAAGGAUUACCAUUUUCCCUCUGGUUAGCAUAACGACUUCUUUUGUUGCUGAAGAAGAUACUCUUCGAAAAACUAGCUACGAAGAGGACAAAUGUGAGGAUUUGGAAAAGAGUGAACAUAAAAACAAUGAAAAUAAAGAGUUGACACCAGAAGAUGUAGUGGCUGAGAACUUGGAAAAAGGUGCAGCCACAAAUACUGAUAUGAAAGAGCCAGAUGAUGGUUCAAACACAAGUUCAUGUAAGCCGCCAAUUGCUAGCAAAACCGAAAAUACCGAAGUGAAAAAGGGCAAAAGACAUAUCCCUUCAGCAUCAACAGCAUUGAUUCUUGGCUCAAUGCUUGGUCUGCUGCAAGCUAUAUUCCUUGUAUUUGGGGCAAAAACUCUCCUGGGUGUUAUGGGUGUCAAACCUAAUUCCCCUAUGCUAAACCCAGCAGUAAAGUACUUGACCUUGAGGUCACUAGGAGCUCCUGCUGUUCUUCUCUCUCUGGCCAUGCAAGGGGUUUUCCGAGGGUUUAAGGAUACAAAAACACCUUUAUAUGCUACUGUUGCAGGAGAUCUAACUAAUAUCAUUUUGGAUCCAAUAUUUAUCUUUGCCUUACGACUAGGUGUCAGUGGUGCAGCCUUAGCACAUGUUCUUUCUCAGUAUUUGAUUACUCUGAUCCUAUUGUGGCGAUUGAUGAAACAAGUUAAUCUUUUACCUCCACAUAUUAAAGACCUGCAAUUUGGAAGAUUUCUUAAAAACGGUUUUCUGUUAUUAGCAAGAGUAAUUGCAGUCACAUUCUGUGUGACAUUGGCAGCAUCAAUGGCUGCUCGGCUUGGUUCAACACCUAUGGCCGCAUUUCAAAUCUGCUUACAAGUCUGGAUGACAUCAUCUCUUCUUGCUGAUGGUUUAGCUGUUGCUGGACAGGCAAUUCUUGCUUGUGCAUUUGCUGAGAAGGACUAUAAGAAGGUGAAAGCUGCGGCAUCUAGGGUAUUGCAGAUGAGUUUGGUGCUUGGUGUGGGGCUUGCUGUUGUUGUUGGAGUUGGUUUGUAUUUUGGGUCAGGAAUCUUCUCCAAAGAUGCUAGUGUUCUGCACCUGAUCUGUAUAGGAGUACCGUUUGUAGCAGCCACACAGCCAAUCAACUCAUUAGCUUUCGUUUUGGAUGGCGUCAACUUUGGAGCAUCUGACUUUGCAUUCACAGCUUACUCCAUGGUACUGGUAGCUGGAGCAAGCAUUGCAUCAUUAUUCCUUUUCUCCAAAAGCAAAGGUUUUAUAGGAAUCUGGGUUGCACUAACCAUUUACAUGGCUCUUCGCGCCAUUGCUGGCAUUUGGAGGAUAGGGACUGGUACAGGACCUUGGAGCUUCCUAAGAGGUCCAUCGAUGCCAUAGGAUUUGUAACUUGAAGAAAUUUAUGAUCCAUGAGACAUAGUCAUUCUUGUUUUCUUAAAAUUUCGGCUCUGUGCAAGUAUUUUAAUGAUGUCGUGUUGCUUGCUAGGUGGGUGGUUCGUUUCUUGCCACUUUUUAGAUUUUUAGUUUCUUCUUACUUACCCCUUUUGUUAGAAGAGAACAGAAGCUGGUUUUAUGCCUGCCUUUCUCUUCAUCUUAAAUGUCUUGGUCUACAUCAUCAUGUAUCCGAAAUUGCAAAAUAAAUCUAAUAUGUUAUUAUCACUCUUUCUACUCCACAAC